AUGGAACUACGUCUUAAGACAUUUUACAGUAACUACAGGCAAGGAAUUUUACGAUUAUCUUGUCUGGCAUUGCUAGGUGCUACAAUUUUGGGGUCAAGUUCCUCAGUUACAGAGAGAAAGAAUAAAAAACUUAAAAAGGAAGACAAUACGAAUGAUGAUGGAAGGAAAAAGUGGAAGAAGAAAUCAAGCACAGUGGGAAAAAAUAAUAAAAAGUCAAAUUCAACAUUUGACUUUGUAAAUGAUUCUAAUGCUACAGAUGAUGAAUUGUCCUUAACAGAAAAUGCAGAAAAUUUGAAAGAGAACCAAGAAGGAGUGACAGGUAACGAAAUGGAAGAUAGAAUAGAAAAUUAUGAAACCAAAAAGGUAAAGAAGAAGAAAAAUAAAGAUUUUCUCCUGAAACUUAUUCUUCUAAACAAAAAAUGUGUAUUAUUAUUAAUAAUGCAGUCUCUACUACUAGUCAUUAGAACUAUGUUAUCAUUACAUGUUGCAACAUUAGAUGGGAAAUUGGUUUCGACUUUGGUGAAAGGAAAGUAUACUCUCUUUCUAAAGAUUUUAUUAGGACAAUGGAUGACGCUAGGGAUCCCUGCAAGUUUUAUUAACAGUUUGAUAACGUAUACUACAAAAUUAUGUUCCGUUACUAUAAAUAGACAAGUAUCGAAUAUGAUGUUAAACAAGUAUUUAUCCAAUCAUCGUACAUUUUAUGCAGUGGCUAGUAAUUCUCCAGAAAUUCAAGAUAACUUGACAAGAGAUAUUUAUGAUUUUUCCACCAAUAGUUCAUUGCUAUUAAAUCAAUUACUAAAACCAACGUUGGAUUUGAUUCUUUGCUCUUUCAAACUAUUAAACUCUAAGUCAAACAUGAUGGGUGAAGGGACCUUAAUUUUGGGCCUAAUCGUUUACACUUCAAACACGUUAUUAAAAUUGAUUCGUCCAGAUUUUACCAAACUGACUAUUAUAAGAUCAUCUUUGGAAAGUUAUUUUAGAACUUUACACUCGCAUUUACAUUCAAAUAAUGAAGAAAUAGCGAUUUUAAAAGGUCAAGAUCGUGAAUUAACAACGUUGGAUUAUUCAUUUUAUAACCUUGUUCUUUUCUUAAACAGAGAGAUCAAGGCCAAAGCAUUGUAUGAUAUGGCAUCUACGUUCAUUAUUAAAUAUACUUGGGGUGCAGCAGGUUUAUCUUUGUGUUCGAUCCCAAUAUUUUUCGGACUUGGUAAUGGUCAUAAUGAGAAUGGUAAGACAGAUAUUACAGCAGACUUUAUCACAAAUAGACGUUUACUCCUGACAGCAUCGAGUUCCUUUGGAAGAUUUAUUGAAUUGAAGAGGAAUAUUCAACAACUAAAGGGUACUAGGAUCAGAUUAAAUGCUUUCAAUGAAAUUUUAGAUAAAUAUCAACAGAAUGAGGAAGAUGUCGAUCCAACCAAUAAUAAACUUAUUGAGUAUAACAAUGAUAUUAUACAAUUCGAUAAUGUCCCAUUAAUUACUCCUGCAAAUCAAGUUCUGGUUGAAUCCUUAAACUUUAAAUUAGAGAGGGGCAAUCACCUCCUCAUUAUAGGGCCCAAUGGCUGUGGUAAAUCCUCUCUGUUUAGGAUUCUUGGUGGUUUAUGGCCGGUAUUGAAUAAUCCCAAUGGUAAACCAACUAAACUGACUAUGCCAAAGAGAAGUACCACCGGGGAAUGUUUGAUAUUUUAUCUUCCUCAAAGGCCAUAUAUUGGUGUAAAUUCCACCUUCAGAGAACAAAUAAUAUAUCCUGAUUCAACAGAACAGUUUCUUGAAAAAUAUGAUGGAGAUAUUGCAAAGGGUGAUGCAGAUUUGUUUAAUAUAUUGAAAUUGUUAGAUCUUGACGAUCUCGUCAUCGAAAAUAUGACACUUGCACUUGCUCAAAAUGUACCAAAGACCUCACUAUUUACGCCAGAAAAUGUACCAUCGAAUGUUAAUAUUACCAAUUCAACAGAACCACCUUCUGUGGAGCUUAAAGAGGCAUUUGAUAUAAUUCGUAAAUGGACAGAAGAGCUAUCUAUAGGUAUUCAACAAAGAUUAGCAAUGGUGCGUAUGUACUAUCAUAAGCCCAAGUUUGCUGUACUAGACGAAUGCACCUCUGCAGUAUCCCCAGAAAUGGAACAAAAGAUGUACACUAUCUCAAAGGAUCUUGGUAUUUCUUUAAUUUCAGUCUGUCAUAGGACAAGUUUGUGGCAUUUCCACAACCGCUUAUUGAAGUUUGAUGGUAAAGGUAGUUAUAAAUUCGGUGAAUUCGAUCCUGUAGAGAGAUUAAAAAAUGAAGAACGAUUAUUAGAAUUGAACAAAAUUUUAGAUAAGGACGUUCCAGUAUGGUCCAAACGAUUGAGUGAUCUCUCUGUGGCUAGAUCAUCUAAUAUGAUCCGUAGAUCCCAAUCAGAUUUAAAACAACUUAAAAAUAAUACCAUUUUAGAACCAAGUUCUUCUGAGACUGAUUCUAUAGAAGUAGUUGGGAAUAGAGAGUUGCCAAUUGCAAAAAAAAGCUUUGAACCGGUUAAUCGUUCGAUUGUUGGCUCAAGUAAACGACUUCCAUUGGUUUCAAACGAUAAGGGCAGUCCUUUGAAGAAGGGGGUAGAGAAAAAGACGAAACUAAAUAAGAAAUUAAAGUUGAAUAUUGAUUGA